AAUAACCGUUAUAGACCGCUCAAUCUGAAAUGAACAAUUGAGAGAUAACACUAGUAAAAUCUGAGUCAUUGGAUCGUCCACCACGACAAAAAAUGUGAUAAUCAAUCAAUCUUAAACAUUUUAAGGUUUUUAGAAUGGCCAUUUGGAAGCAUCGGAGACAUUAUUGCCUGUAUUUAUGGAUGAUUUCUGAACUUCCUCAAUCGACAACGUCUUCUUCUUCAUGGUUAAUUGAACGAAACGAAAUUUGAACAACCUUGUCAGGUAACGAAUGAAGCAUUAGGAAGUAAGUUGAUGGGCAGUGAUGAAACUCAACAGCUAUUGCUUUCAGAGUCAAGGGAACAUUCUCUUCUCAAUGAGAAGAAUGACCUUCUUCAGAGAAGAAAACCGCGGUGUGGCGGCACUUCAGAGACAGAUAUCAAUCUGCAGCAAGAACAGAAUGGUGUCCUCCAAUCCCCUUUAUCUCCCCAAUGUAUAACUGAAAAACAAGAAGCAGAAUUCAAGUUCAGGCUAGUGUUCUUGUGUUUAGCAGCAUACCUAGGCACAGGUACCUUAUGUUUCUAUCUAACAAGUUACCAAAUUGAAGGCAUAAAAACAAAUGGAUUUCUUGAUGCCCUUUAUUUCUGUGUUGUGACAAUGACUACUGUUGGAUAUGGAGAUCUUGUUCCAAAUAGCACUAUAGCAAAACUCCUUGCAUGCAUUUAUGUCUUCACUGGCAUGGCUCUUGGUGGCUUAAUUCUUAGCAAAGCAGCAGAUUACAUUGUUGAGAAACAGGAAAUAUUUCUUGCUGAGUCCAUGUGCAAGGCUGAAAAUUUUGGUCUACAAGAGGUUGCUAAAGAACUUGGAACUAAGAAAAGCAAAUACAAGUUUGUGCUUGCAGUAGCCACUUUUUUUGUGCUCAUGAUUGCAGGAACUGUUUUUCUGUAUUUUAUUGAGAAUCUAGAUUUUGUGGAUGCACUCUAUUGUGUUUGUUCCACGGUCACAACUUUAGGUUAUGGGGAUAAGAGCUUCUCGACUGCUGCUGGUAGGAUUUUUGCCGUGUUUUGGAUAUUGAGCAGCACCAUUUGCUUGGCUCAGUCUUUUGCUUAUCUUGCUGAACUCUAUACUGAAGAUAGACAAAGAUCACUGGCAAAAAUGGUUCUCACCCGAAAAUUAUCACUCAGUGAUCUUGAGGCAGCAGAUCUUGACGGAGACAAAGCUGUCAGUGCUGCAGAGUUUGUUGUAUACAAGUUGAAGGAAAUGGGAAAGAUCAACCAAGAAGAUAUUUCAGCAGUGAUGGAGAGUUUUAGAAAACUAGACUGUGAUCAAUCAGGAACUCUGACUGAAGCUGAUAUCAGAAAUUCUGAACUAUCUUAACAUCAUCUGCCUUACUACACACAUCAUGAAUUUUAACUUAAAUUAUUGUCAUUUUGUCGUUGUUAAUUUUCAAAAUUAAUUGAAACUUAAAGUUAAUGCUACCGAAUAAACAAGUUUACACUUUUAAUGAA